CCAAUGAAGCGUCAGCGAUCAAGCUCAAGCCUCAAUUAACCGUCUUAGCUUCUUCCCCGCCUCCGUUUCUCACGCGCCGCCCAACGGCUGUCUACGGUCCCGCGCUUUAUUUCUCCACCCAUUUCGCUUUCCUCGAUCUACUCGAACGCAUUCUUGAGCCAAUUCAUUUUCACGCGGAAGCAACUUUUGUCUGUCUCUCCUCUUAUUCUCAUAUCCACGCAUUAUUUCCCUCCCCCCCCAUCUCCCUCUCUCUCUCGCGCGCGCGCCCUGCUUCAGUCUCGUGCCCGCUUUCUGGCGUCGCAUUGGGAUGUUGGCGGCGGCCGCCGCAACGGGCAUUAGUUCCUGGGUCGCUCAAGAAGAGGCGGCGGCAGGGAAGUGCUUCCCCCGCCAGUGAAAAGAGCGCGGAAGAAGACAGUGAUUUCAGCCGCUUCCCUCGUCUUCUUUUGCGAAGCGUGCUGAGGGAUAGAGGCGGCGUCUGCUCCUCCUUCGCUGCGCGUUAGGCGGAGAAAAAGCGAGGAGCCCGGGGACCAACAUGGCGGAACAUUCAGCCCCCGACCAGAAGCACAAGUCGGGUGCUGCUGUCUCGUCGUCAUCUUCAAAUUCGCAAGCGCUGGCUAACAGUCGAGGUGGUUCACUGGCGGCUACCGGCCCCGGCGCCCCAGCUGGAGGAGGGGGCCUGUCGGGGGGCCUGUCGCAACCGGCAGGCUGGCAGUCGCUGCUUUCCUUCACGAUCCUUUUCCUGGCCUGGCUGGCUGGUUUCAGUUCCAGGCUCUUCGCCGUCAUCCGUUUCGAGAGCAUCAUACACGAGUUCGACCCCUGGUUUAACUACAGAUCAACACAUCAUCUUGCUUCACAUGGAUUUUACGAAUUCUUAAAUUGGUUUGAUGAAAGAGCAUGGUAUCCACUAGGAAGAAUAGUUGGUGGAACUGUAUACCCAGGGCUGAUGGUGACAGCUGGCCUUAUACAUUGGAUUUUGAAUAUGCUGAAUAUAACUGUCCACAUAAGAGAUGUAUGUGUGUUCCUUGCACCAGUUUUUAGCGGCCUCACAUCAAUUUCUACUUUCCUGCUUACCAGAGAACUCUGGAACCAAGGUGCAGGGCUUCUAGCUGCCUGUUUUAUUGCUAUUGUACCAGGUUACAUAUCACGAUCAGUUGCAGGAUCUUUUGACAAUGAAGGGAUAGCUAUAUUUGCACUGCAGUUCACAUAUUACUUGUGGGUGAAGUCAGUGAAAACUGGAUCUGUUUUCUGGACCAUUUGCUGCUGCUUAUCCUACUUCUACAUGGUGUCUGCAUGGGGUGGUUAUGUUUUCAUCAUCAACCUUAUUCCACUGCAUGUAUUUGUGUUAUUGUUAAUGCAAAGAUACAGCAGGAGGGUCUAUAUAGCAUAUAGCACUUUCUACAUUGUUGGGUUAAUAUUAUCCAUGCAGAUACCUUUUGUUGGAUUUCAGCCAAUUAGGACAAGUGAGCACAUGGCAGCUGCAGGUGUAUUUGCUCUUCUGCAAGCCUAUGCUUUCCUGCAGUAUAUGAGAGACAGACUAACAAAGCAAGAAUUUCAGACAUUAUUCUUCUUAGGUAUAUCUUUGGCUGCUGGAAUUGUAUUCCUGAGCGUUAUCUAUUUAACAUAUACAGGUUACAUUGCACCAUGGAGUGGCAGAUUCUACUCACUAUGGGAUACUGGAUAUGCAAAAAUUCACAUCCCGAUCAUUGCCUCAGUGUCGGAGCAUCAGCCUACAACUUGGGUUUCCUUCUUUUUUGAUCUACAUAUUCUCGUCUGUACUUUCCCAGCAGGCCUGUGGUUCUGCAUUAAAAAUAUCAAUGAUGAAAGAGUCUUUGUGGCUUUGUAUGCAAUCAGUGCUGUUUAUUUUGCUGGAGUGAUGGUUCGCCUGAUGCUAACUUUGACUCCAGUGGUUUGUAUGUUGUCAGCCAUUGCUUUCUCAAAUGUUUUUGAACAUUAUUUGGGUGAUGAUAUGAAGAGAGAAAAUCCUCCAGUAGAAGAUAGUAGUGAUGAGGAUGAUAAAAGAAAUCCAGGAAACCUUUAUGAUAAGGCAGGUAAAGUGAGGAAACAUAUAUCUGAACAGGAAAAAACUGAAGAAGGUCUUGGGCCCAAUAUAAAGAGUAUUGUCACAAUGUUAAUGCUAAUGCUAUUGAUGAUGUUCGCUGUUCACUGUACAUGGGUAACCAGCAAUGCCUAUUCCAGUCCAAGUGUUGUCUUAGCCUCUUACAAUCACGAUGGCACAAGGAACAUUUUGGAUGAUUUUAGAGAAGCAUAUUAUUGGCUAAGACAAAAUACAGAUGAACAUGCAAGAGUAAUGUCUUGGUGGGAUUAUGGCUAUCAAAUAGCUGGAAUGGCAAAUCGAACUACUCUAGUUGAUAAUAACACUUGGAAUAACAGCCACAUAGCUCUGGUAGGAAAAGCUAUGUCAUCAAAUGAGACAGCAGCCUAUGAGAUCAUGAAAAGCCUAGAUGUGGAUUAUGUCUUAAUAAUCUUUGGAGGUGUAAUUGGAUAUUCUGGUGAUGACAUCAACAAAUUUUUGUGGAUGGUAAGGAUAGCAGAAGGAGAACAUCCUAAAGAUAUUAGGGAAAGUGACUAUUUCACUCCACAAGGAGAGUUUAGAGUUGAUAAAGCAGGAUCUCCAACCUUGCUGAACUGUCUUAUGUAUAAAAUGUCAUAUUACAGAUUUGGAGAAAUGCAGCUGGAUUUUCGAACUCCACCAGGAUUUGAUCGAACCCGCAAUGCUGAAAUUGGCAACAAGGACAUUAAGUUUAAACAUUUGGAAGAAGCCUUUACUUCAGAACACUGGCUUGUUAGAAUAUAUAAAGUGAAAAGGUUAGACAACAGAGAAACAUUGGACCAUAAGCCUAGGCUAACCAACAUUUUACCAAAACAGAAGUAUUUGUCAAAAAAGACUGCCAAAAGGAAGCGUGGCUACAUUAAGAAUAAACUAAUUUUAAAGAAAGGCAAGAGACCCAACAGGAAGACAGUUUAAAAACACUGUACUGAUUGCUAAUAUUGAAACAGUUGUCCUUGAGAUAACCAGUCUUUGCCUUUAGCUCAAGUCAUGUUUCACAGCAACAUGAGGGUACAGAACCAUCUUUGGUCCAGAUUAUUGUACAAAAUUUUCAGGCAAUGUCUGACUUAAAUUUUGGCUUAUUGAGAACAGCUGUUUUAGAUUUGUAUUGUGGAGCAAGACAGGACUGCUGUCCAGGUCUUAGCAGCAGAUUUUUUUUUUAAAUGGGUACAUAUUAUCCUUCAUAUUAAUUGAAUUUGAACCGAUUGCACCAAAGAGCCCUUUAAUUCGGUCCUUGGCACAUGCAUACUUGUCAGUUUUUUUAAUCUUCUGUUGAACAGCAAUAUCUCAACUGGAAUGGUAAAAUGUGAAUUGGCCAUCCUAAUUGUGAUGUUUGCAACAGUGUGGGUAUUUUGAAAUUUCAGCUAGUAGAACAGCUUUGAGAUAUUUAUUUUAUGUGACAACACUCAUUGUUGCAAUAUGUUGUGUUCUAGCUGCAAUUUCACUAAUCAUGGCACAGAUUAUGUGCUUGGAUGAGGCCAUUUAUUUUGAGAAGAAGUGUUGCUUCCCUUCAAGGGUAUGUGGUAGAUCUUUCAUAGAAAAGAUAAAUACAAGGGCUACAUUUGAACCUUAUGUCUGGCAUGACAGUAAUGAAUGCUGAGCACUAUAGCAUCUGGUGUUCUCAAAAUCUUCUUGUCUAACCAAAAGUUUAUAUUAUACAAUAUUUUGGCCUAUUAGGAGAAAAAUUGACAAGUAUCCAAACUUGUUUCCUGCAUCUAUUUACAGGCAGCAGGUUUAUAAGUCUGCCUGCUUACCUGUCUUUUUCAUGGGGUUGGGUUUCUGGAAAUAACUAAGUUUUUCUCCAUAUUUUUAUUUAGUGCUUCAGUUCAUGGAACUUUUGCUUUGAAUAUGUGCUAUCUUUUAUAGUUUAUGAAAAAGAUUUUAUCAAGUGCACUAAAUCAUAAAUGGAGACUGAACAUGUUCAAUUUCCAACUAUACAAACUUGAACAUUAUUUGUUAUUUUAUUUUAUUAAAAAUGUAUAUGGGAUAGGAUUAAUUGACAGCCACAGGAUAUAAUUUUGAUAACAAAAAAACAGUUUAUGCCAUCAUUGUUGGUGUAAAGCAGAAUAGUAUGUACCUUCCCAAAAAUAUCAUUUGAUCAGUGAAAAAGUUACUGCUAAUAUUACAGAUGUAUACUUUUUAUUUGUAUUUUUUUUCCUUUUGGAUUAAAGAGGUUAUGAAUCAAUAAUGCAGUAGCAACAUUUUCACAAAAUCUGGAUUUCUGACCCUUUGUCACUGAGAUUAUAUUAUUUUGUUGCUUUACAACUCAAUGCAAACCUAUUGUUGACUAUAGGGAUAAAUAAAGUUAAAUCAAGUUUUUGUGUUAAA